AUGAUCAGCCGUCUUCUCUCACAACUGCAGGUUUGUCAAAAUGAAGAGAAGAACCAUUCCACAGAAGAACUUAGCAAGUCUGAAAUCCAGGAGGAGCUGAAAAAGGCUAAUAGCCUUCCUAGUUUGACUCCUGGAACUAAAACAGCAGAUAAAGACAAGCAACCCCGAGAAGAAUCUAAACCCUCUACCUUCCAAGAUGAACCCAACAGAUGUGAAACGGAUUUACAGAACGCAAAUACCUUUCCAGAGGACACGCAGCCAUGGCAUCCGAAAAUUGAAGAGCCUAUCUGUUCUACAACUAGAAUAAAAGAGGAUUCUGUAAAUAAAGAUGAUGCCAUCUUAAAUAGUAUUGGGAAAGAUAUCUCACAGGAUCUGCAAGGAGUCCGGAAACGGUCUGCAGAUGCGCGAAAGCAGAUGCAACGGAAGUCAGAAGCACCUGCAGUCACUUAUGCCACAUAUCGAGGUUCUGCAAGGAUUAGGCAGCUACUGAAGAAUCAGUCAGAAAUGGCUGAAAAAGGAGAAGAAAAUACUGAGAACAGAAACGUUUCAAUGGUGAAAGAAAAUGGAGAUAUCCAAACAACUGUCUCUCCAAAAUCAGGACACUUCAUAAAAGAAAAUGGAGAAGAUGAGGGUAAAGAUCACAAAGAUGAUGUCACAGUAAAUUCUUCUGCGGUUAAAAUGGGAACAAAAAAGUCUGAUAAAGAUCGGCAUUGCUUGGGUAGCAGUAAACAUGAAAUAACUACAAAGACCACAACUUCAUCUCAUGAAUCAUCUCAUGAGAUAGACUUAAAACAUACACCUGCUUUAGCUGCAACGAAAGUUAAAAGGACAUACUCAUUAGAUUCAUUACUAUCAUCUAGUGGUAGAAACGGUGAGAUCCUAACCAGUUCCACUUCCCAGAUUGCUAGUUCCCUUAACAUGAGUUCUGCAAGUGAUUUGAUUGGAAAAGAAGUUGGACUGCUGGGAGAAGCAGAAGCUCAGCUUCAGGCAGACAAAAAUGUCACUUCUAAAUGUGAUAAAGAAAAUCAGUGUAGUAAAGAAGCUAAUACGGACUCCACAAAAGAAAUGCAGGAUGAUUGUUUACAUUCACCCAAAUUAAAAAAUGAGACAGUUGAUGAAGAACUGCAAGUGAGUGAGGGAGAAUAUUGCUGUAAUCAUCAAUUGGAUAGUCACUCGGAGCUAACAUCAGAUGUCCAGAUGCUUCAUGCCAGUACCACUACAUUUCAGCAGCAAGCAGAUCAGCAUGCAGGUGGUGCAAAUAAAGAUAGUGAUACAAGAAAAAAUGAUACAUGGAAAAUUGUGGCAGCUAUAGAAAGACAGCAAAAUCCACAGAACUUUCUUGCUACUGUUCUGCCUUUUAAUGAACAAAUACCCCCUUCUCUUAGCAUGGAGCCCAAAGGAGAAAAAUGCAUAGCCACAGGUAAUCUAACUACUUCAGUAUCAUCUAUUAAAAAUGAUGAAGACAUAGUCAUGGACAGAGGGACUUGUAAUGAAGAACUGAGUGAGUUAGGGAAACCGAUACACAUACAAAAUGAUUACAAAUUAAUCCAUGUGGAGAAUUCUAAAGAUAGUGCCACACAGCAGUCUGGUUUACCUUGUCUGGAAACUGGGGGUGUGGAAACAAUGGAGGUUUCAUCUGAGGUUGCAGUGGAAAACCUUGCCAAUGUAUUGUCAUGCAUACAUGGGUGUGAAAGUGUGAAAUUUAACUUCGAUGAGCUGACAGCCCCUCUCUCUCUUACUUACGAGUCUUCUUUUGAAACUGGAGGCUAUUGCUCAGCUUCUCUUCAUCCUAGCUGCAAGUCCAAAAAUAAAACUACAGGAAAAAGAGAAAGCAGUUUAAAAGAUGUGAGAGAGGCUGUUUCUCAUCCUGAUCUUGAGUAUGACAAGAGCAAAUCCUGUGAGCCUGUAGAAAUGAGCCUCUCGGAAAACUCGGUUCCUGCCCACGACCAUGGUCCCGUUUGCCUUGAAACUGUUCAAGACAUUCCUGCCAAGGGAUUAGUUAUACUUGCAGAAGAUAACACAGCAAAGCCUGCACCUUGCCCUUUAAUCACUGUUGACAGGACAGACGAUUGUACUCCAGCUGCUUCUAAAAUCGACAAGGCUAGUAUGACUGAGGUUGCUCUUGUUCCUUCCGAGUGUAAAGAUUGCAUCUCUGAACUUUCCACUUCUAUUUCUAAGUCACAAGAAAAAAACCUGGAGGUUUCUUACUCUGCCUUGAGGUAUGGAGGAAGAUGUUUGACCAGCAAUUCUACUUUCAUCUGUGACAAAAACAUUGAUGUAGACAUCACUUCUGAAUCUCCACCCAUUUCUGAAGAUAGGCCUAUUAAUUUUUCUUCUGAGAAGGAAAACAGUAAGAAGUCUAGGAUAUCACCCACAGUCCUUGACUCGUCCUCUGACAAUCAAGGAAAAAUGCCUUCUCCUGCCACUAACUCUGAAAAUGGCCAGAUUGCUAGAUUGUCUGCUGCUUCUGACCAGGACAGUUUUAUUCUUCCAGCUGCUGAGCCUACGAGAAUAAUCCCUGAGGACAGAAUGACAGGGUUGCCGUUUUGCUCAGGAGACAUGAGAGCUUCAUGCCCGGCUGGUUCUCUGGAACCUGAGCUUACGUCAGCUACGCUUGAUUGCUCUACUGCUGGAGUAGAUGUAGGGGGUAUUUGCAUCCCCAGCCACUCUUCACCUACUCUGGGAUCCAGAGAAGCCUCCAACCUUUCCGUUUCUGCCUUGGAAAGACUGGGCGUUCCUCAGGGGAACAGUAAUUCCUCCAGUCACAGAGCUGGCAUGGCAGAGGCAAGGCUGUCACCCGUCUGUCCUUGGAAAUCUUUGGAAGUGACAUCUGAGUCAGCCCGUACUGAGAGCAUGUGGAGAAAUGCUGUGGGAGAGGUGAGUCUUGGUAACCAUGCUGCUGCUGUCUCAGAAGCCCCUUCUGCGACAACGGAUCAAACAGCUGCUGCACCUGCAGAGUCAAAUGAGUGCUGUUCUGAGGAAGUACAGAAAGAUACAGAUGUGAAGGGACAAGAAAGUGCUAAAUUCCAAGAAGCUGUUUUGUUUAAAAAAGCUGAGGAAAUAGCGGACUCAGUUUUACACUUGGCCAUAGAAGAAAUAAUAGCAAAACAAGCCGUCUGUGUCUGCCAGCUUUGUGGGAGCAAGGGUGGUUUAAUAAAUACGGAUAUUCUAAAUGAUCAGAAAGCUGGAACUGUGCAGCUGGAGGCAGAAGAAAUCCAGUCAGCUGUGCAGUCAUUAAAACAUUUUAAUGAGAGCAGUGAAGGAGGCUCAUCUUCAUUUACAGGAAACGCAGCAGUGGAUACAAAUAAUCAAGAUAAAAAGAUAUUAUCUUGCAUCCCUGAUAAAAAUGACCUACAUAGUGCACUAACACUAAAAGCAAAAGAAAUAAUUGAUGAAGUCAUUAACUCAGCCAAACAAAAACUGUUAUCCAAUCAGUGGCAAGGCAGUGAGAGUAAAAGGCCUUCCGAAAAGAUUGAGCCUAAGGCUGAAAGCCCAAAUAUUUUGAAGCUGGAUAUGAAGUUAACUGCCAAAACACAGGAACCGACAGAGAAGGCAGAAACUCAGCGUGUAACUGUAAACUGCACAAAAGCAGAUUGCUCAGGUCCUCCUUUACUUCCAAAUAGUAUGGAAAAUGGCAUGGAUUGGUCCCAAAGUGGUGAAAAUAUACCAAAUAAUGCAUUUACAUGUCAAAUAAAUGGAUUACUACCCACUGGUGUUUCAGCAGGGCCAGAAUCAGAUCUUAUGAUACCAGCCAAAGAGAGACAGGAUAGAAAGGUGUGUGAACAUCUGGCUGCAGCAGAGUUGUGUGGCAAAGCUGGAGUAUCAACCGCUAGUAGAAUAUCUGAUGGAUCUUUACAUUUAAUACGUAGAGAUGCUACUGUGACUGAAGAGAUGCUUCUGUCCUUGCAGUUAAAAGAUUCAUGCAAUAAUACGAGUGUGCCACAGUGCACAUUGCUGCCAACUGUAAAUGUUAAUUUGUCGUCUUUUACGCCUGAAGAAGAGUGUAUCAGCGUGCAGAGUGAAUCCAAAGACAAAAGCAGUCCUCAGGGUUCUGUAGAAAGCAGUGCAGAGGACAGUCCGUAUGAACCCUGCGGAAGAGAGGCUGCAGAAGAAGUACCUGCACAAGUAAAAGCAGCCUUAGAAGAUUCAAAGGCAGUGGAGAGUGAAGAGGAACUAGCAGAAGGAGCAAGCGAGAUAGCAGAGUUUAAUACUGAAUUAAAUAUACAGUUCGCUGUACCUGAAUUGUCUGUUAUUGGAGAGAGCAGUGAAGGGAAAAACUGCUUCAGCUCAGUCUUUGCCCAAAAUAAUGAGAAUCUGCAGCAAGUACAAAUGAAGGCUCAAGACAUGAAGAGAAGUGAUCAGCUUGAACAAAAUAUUCUGGACUGUGAUGAUGACAUGAAGGAAUCAACUAAUCUUUUGGCCUUUUCUCCACUGAUUGAACAGUGGGAAAACAGUUCUUUUACUAUCAUUUACGAAGGUGCCCUUAAAACUGAGAGCAAAUAUGUCUCAACUGAUGAUACGCAAACUGAUCCGCUUUCUUCUUCUGUUCUGCCUUUGGGUAGUGUAGAUCAUCUAAUGUGUGAAAGAGCAAAGAAUAAACAUGAGCCACCCUGUCUUUAUGGGAAGGAUAACCAACUGAAUGAAGCAACAGAUAGCUGUAGUUCAGAGUCAUUUCUGAAUGUGGAGGCCAAGCGCUAUAGAGUAUAUCCUUUCUCUUUGUCUCCAAUAUAUGAAGAUGACAGCUCCCAAGAAGAUUUACUUUCCACAGACGUGUCGCCAGAAGGCCAUCCUAGUGGAAUAUCUAAAGAGAGCACUGAUCACGCUUCUGUGUUGUCCCUUCUCCAGUCAGUUUCUGAGCGCUUACAGUUUACUACUCAGUUUAGUAAAGAGGAUGAGGAGGAAGGAAUGGAGGAGGAGGAAGAAUCAUCAUAUCAAGAAAAUACACUUGAUGUUGAGAGGGAAGACAACUGUCUUUCCAGUCAGUGGAGAGGCAAUUUGAAAACAACUCUUCAAUCAAAUGACCAGAAUAGAUCUUUGUUUCCUGAACAAUCACCUCUUCUUUCAAAAGAACAGCUUGACUCUAAGGAGCAACCAGAACUGUUUCCAGAUGUGGCUUCUCCCAGUCAAACACCUUGUAAGCCAGUUUCACAGACAGCUGAUGCUGCUUUAAAGUGUCCUCCUACAAGUGCAUACUACCAGUAUUGGAAAUCGGCCAGCAAUUGCUCCUCUGAGAAAGGGCCCAGGUUUGGAAGCAUUCUCCAGGAUAUGUUGCAGCCGAAGAUUCAUUGGUUUCAAGACAACACCAUGCCAAAACUGGGAGAAUUGUCAGCGAUUGUUAUUUAUGAUAUUUAUGGCGACAAAAGGAAACAAGAAGUUCAUUCUGAUGUGCUAGAUACCACGUCCUGGGUCUUUCCCGUUGGAGCAUUACUUAGGAUAAUUAGAGGAUGUUGGAUUUUUUAUGAGAAACCAAAGUUCCAGGGUCGGAAAUAUGUACUAGAAGAAGGAGAGACUGUGCUGGAUCACCUUUGGGAUCUUCCGGGAGUGAAACAUCGUCGAAGAAACCUGACAGUUGGUUCAAUCAAACAUGUAACAAAGGACUGUGGCGUUCCAGAGAUAGAGUUCUGCCUGGGAGCCAGCACAGAGGGACUUCCUAUCUGCAUACAGAGAGCAGUUGCCAAUUUGGAAGAACUGGAUGUCGAGAAAAACCCUUACAUAAGUGUCAAAUCAGGAGUGUGGCUUGCUUAUUCAGACUUUAAUUACAAGGGAGAGAUGAAGGUUUUGGAAGAAAGCCAUUCACCAUCUGAAAUUCCUUCAGCAGAUGUGAAAUCUCUGCGUCCCUUAAAAAUGGGUGGACUAAAGGUACAAAUGCCGAUGAAUGUCAAGCUAAUAAUAUAUGAGAAAACCCACUUUGAGGGAUGGUCCAAAGAGUUUUCAGAAAACAUCAGUUCUGUCCCAGCUCUUUUUGGUAGUGAAGAGGAGUUUCAGGAAAUCAGAUCAAUACGUGUCAUUGGUGGAGUGUGGGUUGCCUACAAUAAGGAACGCUACAAAGGCCAUCAGUACUUGCUGGAGGAGGGAGAUUAUGAAGACAGACACUCAUGGGGGGGAACUGACGGUGUCCUGUCUUUCCGGUUCCUUCAGGCUGAUUUCAUAGAGUCAUCAGUGACACUUUUUCAGUCUGAUGAUGAAGAUGGGAAAGCGUUAGACAUCAUCAAUGAAGAAAUCCCUGAUUUGGAACAAGCUGGAUUUGGCCCAGAGACAAGGUCGAUUCUUGUGAAAAGUGGAGUGUGGGUCGCAUAUCAGCAGAAAUAUUUCUGUGGAGAACAAUAUGUAUUGGAGAAAGGAAAAUAUAAAUGUUUCUUUGACUGGGGAGGAUCUAGUAAAAUCAUCAUGUCAAUUCGACCAGUUAAGUUGGAACCACUUGGAACAAAUGAGCCUCCACAUUUGCUCAAAGCUUUCAGUAAUACACAUUUCCAAGGAGCAUGUAUAGAUUUCACAGCAGAAGUUUCUGAUUUUACAUCAUUCAUACCAUGUUCUUUUAAGGUUCUUCGGGGAUGUUGGCUCCUGUAUUACCAAGGGGAAAUCGCUGACAAUCAUUGUGUGCUGGAGGAAGGCCUCUACGUUGACCUCAGUUCCUGUGGCUGCCCGACUGCUACAAUUAAAUCCCUCAAGCCUAUUCAAUACGUCUUUGCUGAGCCCUCCAUAAGUCUGUUCGCUCUGGAAUGCUGCAAGGGCAGAGAGCUGCACUUCAGUGAACCCAUCAAUUCUGUUUUGAAUGAGGACCUUCAUUUUUACACUCAGUCUGUAUGGGUGAGAAGUGGAUUGUGGAUUGCAUAUGAAGGAUGUAAUUUUUUAGGAAAGCAGAUUCUGCUGGAGCCCAGUGAGAUUUCAAACUGGAAUGAACACAGUGGCUGGAAAGGGAGCAGCUCCCUUCGUCCUGUGAAGCAGCCAGCAGUGUACCUCAGAGUGAAGAACCGAGCCCAAGGUAAAUAUUUGACAGUCGCUGGAAGCCUUGCAGAUGUAAGAGCAACAUCGGUGUGCGCGUCCCCAUACAAUGGCAAGAAUACCCAGAUCUGGCACUACUGUCGUGGGGUCUUCAAAUCCAAGGCUAACAACGCCUGUCUGGAUGUGAUUGGCGGCAGAGAUGUGCCUGGGGCCAAAGUCGCGCUCUGGGCAGAACAUGGGAAGGACAGGCAAAAGUGGAGACUGAAUGAGGAUGGAACCAUCAGUUCAUACCUCAGUGACCAACUGGUGCUUGAUAUUAAAGGAGGAAAUUAUUAUGACAAGAAUCACAUCAUUAUGAAUCAGCUGAUAGACGACAAACAGUCACAAAAAUGGGAUAUUGAAAUAUUGUGAGUAAAACCCACCACACAGAUGGACCUU